AUAUAAGAGACGUGGCUUAAACUCAGGCCAGUCCCUCCAAAAAUGUCACUCUCUUUUCUUAGACACACUGCAUAUCUCUCUUCAUUUCCAUUGCCAAUUCGAUUCAUUUCCUUUACAGCAAUGCCAAAAGCACUACAAAAUCCUGUUCUGCAAAACCCAGGUUCUGAAGUUGUUGGCAUUGUUCCUAAGAAGAGAGUGAGAAAAAGGAGAGUGGAAAUUAUAGCCAAAGAGGUUAAGACAAAGUCUCCGGAUGAAAAAUUUCUCAGGCAUCCAGACAUUGAAGAUUUUGCAAAUAAAAGUGACAAUAUUUAUUCUCGGUCAAUUCAACAUCCUGCCAACUGGGAAAGCGUCAUUGAAGGAAUACGCAGAAUGAGAUCAUCAGAACAUGCGCCUGUGGACUCCAUUGACCCGGAUGAAGGGAUGACUUCUCUUCAACCUAAGGAAAGAAGAUUUGCUGAACUGGUUGGGUCAUUGUUAUCAAGCCAGACAAAGGGUCAUGUUACACAUGAAGCGACUCAACGGCUCCUCGAAAAUGGUUUGCUGAGUGCUGGCGCAAUGGAUAAAGCUGAUGAAGAUACCAUAAAGAGCUUGAUAUACCCGGUUGGAUUUUACACAAGAAAGGCUAAGCACCUAAAACAAGUUGCAAAGAUAUGUAUCUCUAAAUAUGAUGGAGACAUUCCUAGUUCAGUGGACGAGUUGCUUCUACUUCCAGGUGUUGGUCCGAAGAUAGCUCACUUGGUUAUGAUUAUGGCAUGGAACAAAGUUGAAGGGAUUUGUGUAGACACCCACGUGCAUCGUGUUAGCAAUCGGCUUGGUUGGGUCUCACGGCCUGGAACAAAGCAGGGAACAAGAUCCCCCGAAGAGACUAGGGUCUCCUUGCAGCAAUGGCUUCCAAAAGAAGAAUGGGUUUCCAUUAAUUUGCUUUUGGUAGGCUUUGGACAGACCAUAUGUACUCCUCUGAGACCUCGCUGUGCAAAAUGCACGGUAAGUGAACUCUGUCCAUCGGCAUUUAAGGAGAUAUCAAGCCCCAAGAAGAAACUUUGACAAGGUUGUUAGCUGCAAAGUGAUCCAAUUUUCAAGUUCUAUUUUUACAUUAUAUACAAGUGCGGUGGGGGUACGAACACAGCUGCCCCCACUUGUACAAUGAGCUUCACAAAUUGUACACACAAUGAAUGCUUAAGUGCGGUGGGGGUACGAACACAGCUGCCCCCACUUGUACAAUGAGCUUCACAAAAUACACGCAAGGAAUGCUUGUACCAUGAGCUAUAUAGGUUGUACACUUUAUCCAACUAUUUUUAUCUCUCACGUAGACAUAUAUCAUAGUAUUUAAUAUUUAUUCCCUUCUCAUGUACAAACGUAUGCACUUCAAAUUUAAUUCUCCGACACAUUUAUUUUCUC